AUGCCGCCAAAAAUACGUAGAGUGCCCGGUCGCAAGGCAGCGGUAGCUGAGGAAGCGCCUAUUGCAUCACCUCUCAAGCCGAGUCGCGCGUCCAGAGCCGAUGCAGUCGAAGCCGCUGUUGAGCCACCAAAGAAGCGUGGACGUCCCGCAAAAGCGAAGACUGAAGAGCCCGUUGUCCAAGACGCGCCGAAGCCCAAGAAACGCGGUCGCCAGCCUAACAUUGCGCCUGCGCCUGAGCCUGAGCCUCUUAUCGAAGCGCCUGUAGUCAAGAAGGGUAGAGGAAGGCCCAAGAAAGAGGCUGUGCCCGCACAAGAAGAAGCACCAGUACAAGAACAAGCACCCGUCAAGAAUCGUGGAGGCCGUCCUCGCAAAGCAGAUGUGACCGCAAACGCGCCGCCAGCUACACCCAAGCGUGGUCGACCAGCGCGCACUGCGGCCCUCGAUCUCGACCGGGUCACUGGUCCCUCUCGAAUCGGCAAGCGGUCGUCUCCUCUCACAAAGACCAAGGCUGAGCCCAACAUCGCCCGCCGUCUUGAUCCACGCAUGCGCUCCAAGCUGCGCACCCGCCUACCUCCAGCCAAGACUGUCAAAUCAGAGCACGUCACAAAGCCAGCCCCGAAGCCAACCGCCCGAAGAGGACGACCGCCCAAGGAUGUCGCCCCUGUUCCAAAGCCAGCUGUAGUCGAGAAACCUACGAAGCCCGCCAAGCCUCUUGCUCCUCGCAAGAUGCGCGGCCACACCUUGCGCCAGAUCCCAGAUCAAUACGUGGCGCAGGUAGAUCAAUAUCUCCAGGACCUGAUCGAAGCCGACGAGGAGCAGCUAGAAGAGAUAGACGAGGAACAAGAAGAAGAUGGCUUAGUCGUGGAGGAUGUCGUGGAGGAUGGCCAAGACGUCUUGGUCUCUUCAGAACAAGACCGAGAGCAGUAUCAAGACUACAGUGAUGAUGGUGGUGUCGGUAUGGAUGGCCAACAAGACGGUGUUCAAGACGACGAGGACAACCAAGCUGUUGUCGCACAACAGGACGAAGAGGGCGCCGAGGAACUGCCAGAGGGCGUGAACAAUGACGAGGUACCCGAACAGACCAACGGAAUCCACGUCGUUCCCGAAGACGAUGCCCAGAGCGAGAACGCCGAGCCGAUACCCCGGAUCGAGAUGAGCGUGCAAGAGGUUGUCGACAUGGAGCAGGAUGGGGCUGUCAACGUACAUACUGAGGUGCAUACAGAAAUGGUGGUUCCUGAGAAUAUUUCUGAGGACGGUAUGGAUUUCUUCCAUGGCGCCGAGGAGGAUGGCCUGAUCAGUGGUACUCCUGCGCCUCCUGCGGCUGUUAUUUUCAGUUAA